UCAGAACUUAAUCCACUCUUCCUCUUUAGCAAUUUAAAGAACACCCUACCCUAGGUUCUAAAAUCAAAUUGAUUGUCGGAUUCGCGAAGAAGAUAAAUAACUGUUGGUUUAUUCAUCACAGGAAAAUCUGAACACGCCAGAUUCCGGCUUUUUAGUAGAUUAGGGCAGUGAAGUGUGUGUUUGCCCUAGAAGAAAAAAGGGAAUGGCGCACAGGUUGUUAAAAGACCCGGAGGCUGACGGAUGGGAACGGUCUGACUUUCCUAUCAUUUGCGAGUCUUGCUUAGGUGACAAUCCCUAUGUCAGAAUGACCAGAGCUGACUUCGAUAAGGAAUGCAAGAUAUGUACUCGACCAUUUACAGUGUUUAGGUGGAGGCCUGGUAGGGAUGCGAGAUUUAAAAAGACUGAAGUUGGCCAGACUUGCAGUAAGUUGAAAAAUGUCUGUCAAGUCUGUCUUUUGGAUCUAGAGUAUGGUUUGCCUGGUCAAGUUCGUGAUACUGCUCUCAGUAUAAAUUUCAAUGAUGCUAUUCCAAAGAGUGAUGUGAAUAGAGAGUAUUUUGCCGAGGAGCAUGACCGAAGGGCUAGGGCGGGAAUUGAUUAUGAGUCUUCAUAUGGAAAGGCUCAAGCAAAUGAUACUAUUCUGAAGCUUCAAAGAACAACACCAUACUACAAAAGAAAUCGAGCACAUGUUUGUAGCUUCUUUGCACGUGGUGAAUGCACACGAGGUGCCGAAUGCCCCUAUAGGCAUGAGAUGCCCAUAACUGGGGAGUUAUCACAACAAAAUAUUAAAGAUCGAUACUAUGGAGUAAAUGAUCCUGUGGCAAUGAAGCUACUCAACAAGGCUGGAGACAUGCCCUCAUUAGAACCACCAGAG